GUUCUACGGCAUAUCAACCGCACAAGCAGCUUUCUGAUGUGGAGUCUUGUUUAAGGGAGAUCGCGGGGCUUAGCAUAUCACCUGAAUCCAAGUGUCACCGAUCUGUAGGAUCAAGCACUUGUCUUAGGUUAUAGGAAGAGUUCUGAGCAUUUCCAUCGGGACAUGUCAAGUCAAGAUGAUUCAGAAGCGUUCCAUCUUAAAAAGAAGAUUAUACCAGGUCAUAUCGAUGUCCAUCCGACAGACAGCGCCAUCGUUGUCCAUUACACGGUGCAGGCCAGUAUACUUGGGGAAAACGGUCAACCCGUAGUCGACGACCGGAAAACAUUGCAGAAAAUCGUUCGAAUAAAGGCUCUCCAUCCCGGAUCGAAUCUCAGCGCCCUAGCGCAAGAAGUUGUAGACAAAUGCAAAUUGAUUAGUCCAUCGAAAACGAGGGAGGUGGAACAAUUAUUGUAUUAUCUUCAGCAGAGACAAGGCGGUGACGAUGAAGGGGGCAUGGUUUCUGAUAGAGAAUGGCUUCGCCGACAACUCGAAAACCAAAAGAAACAGGAAGAGCCAUUAAAGGUGGAAGAGCCAGAGCUGGAAGCUCCGUCAAUUGCAAACGUCGAGCAAUACAUCGAAGGUCUGUACGAGGAUAUCCCCGACAAAAUGAAGUCUACUCGUUACGUACUGGAAUUAGCCAGGCAACCGGAAAAUCUGGAAGUCCUUGUCACGAACGAUGCUCUCAUGAGCGCUCUCUCUCGUGUCCUUCGCGAAGACAACAGGAAAAGCACAGUACUCAAUACGAACAUUAUCACGAUCUUCUACUGUUUUUCUCAAUUUCUUCAAUACCAUGGUGUUAUCACCACCCAUAAAGUCGGUGACAUGUGCCUGAGAAUCAUUGAAAUGGAAAUGAAGAGGUUUGAAAUGUGGGUAGGAGAUUUGAAGACCGUCGAAGAGAAAUGUGCGCGGAAUCCGACAGAUAAAGCACUAAUAGUCGAUGCGGAGCAGGAACAUCGCAAGUUUCAAGCAAUGCUACAAAAGCAAGAUCAGCUGUUGUUUGUGUCCUUUCACCUCCUAUUCAAUCUCGCUCAAGACCUUACCAUCGAGCCCAAAAUGGUUAAAAGAGGUAUUAUCAAACUUCUUGUCACCGUGUUGGACCGGCAAACGCCCGAACUGUUGAUUUUGGUGAUCGGUUUCUUAAAACGGUUGAGCGUGAUUCGGGAAAACAAAAAUGAACUGGUUGCGAUGGGUGACGAAUUUCUCUCUAAAGUGGACCGGCUGAUUCCGUGUGACCAUCCUGUGGUUCAAGAACUUGCGCUCCGCCUCAUAUUCAAUUUGAGCCAUGAUGCCGCUUUCAGAUCCCUCCUUCUACGAAAGAACUUUCUACCAAAAAUCGUCGCCCUGCUCCAUUCCUCCGUCACAAGUGGUGCCUCUAAAAACAUCCCAGAACUGGUGUUAGAGGUCCUCUAUAUGAUGAGCUUGGAUGACAAAGGGCGAGUCGGACUCGCCGGAGUAGAUGCGGCAAGUUUGCUUCUACGCUUAAUUCUCUCCCAACCUUUAACACCCAUAUCUUCCUCCCAAUCUCCCGAACGUCUUGCGCUCAUGGCCCUUGGCGUUAACCUAUCAAUGCACCCUCGCACCGUACCACCCCUACUGGCGGACAAUAGCUUGAAAUUUUUGAUGAAGCGGGUAAUGAAGACGAAGGACCCACUACUCAUAAAGAUGCUGCGAGGAGUCGCUGGCUGUGGGGAUUCGGGCAGGAUGUCCUUUUUGGACUACAUUGACGACAUAAUGCAUCUUCUUUUGAAAAACGCAAACCAUGAUGAAGUCUUGGUUGAGGUUACUGGCCUACUGGCUGCCCUCAGUAUCCCAGAUUUUGACUUUGCAAAACUAGCAGAAACGUAUAAUCUCCUCGAUUUUAUAUCUGGGAAACUCCAAAGAUCAAUCGCGGCGGUUACAGCGGCCACAAGCGGGAACGGCGGGAUUUCUGCUGCAGGAGGUGGCGGAACAGGCGGCGGGUUGGCAGAGGAUGACGACGUCACUUUGGAAAUCGUAAUUUUGCUUGGGACCAUGGCUAAUGAUGAAAACAUUGGGCCAAUGGUCGCGAGAACAGGCAUCUUGCCAUUGCUCAUGGAAUUAAUGAUUGCAAAGGAAGAUGAUGACGAAAUGAUCCUCCAAAUCAUCUACUGUGCAUAUCAAUUCUUGCUGUUAGAUAGCACAAGAACGAUGUUGAUAAACAAAACACAGCUCGUUUCAUACCUCAUCGACCUGCUUUACGACAGAAAUGUUGAGAUUCGGAAAAUGUGUGAUGUGUGUUUGGAUCUCAUCUGCGAAACUAACACCGAGUAUCUGUCAAAAAUUCGACAUCAAAAAUUUCAUUAUCACAAUUCUGAAUGGUUACAUCGUAUUGCCCAGUCAACCGCAUCAGCAUCAAGUGUUAAUAUGUACACAGUGGAAGAUGACGCAGUAGGAAUGGGAUAUCAGAAAUAUGCCGGGGCCGGAAGGCGCGGGGCCAUCGUUGAUGUGAAUGACGCGUGGAGUGAUAGCGAGAGCGAAGACGAAAGCGAUGGUGAUGAUUUUGGCCGGGGUAUGGUAGUAGGCGGGAACAGUGCGCUAUUAGACGGCUUUUGAUUUGUGCGCGGGUCGCAAGGUCAAUACCGUCAGCUUUUGCACGUCCGCGGGCAAAAUGGAUGAAGUCUGAAACUAAACAGCGCUGAUGUUAGCUGGAUACGGCUGUCUCCGUUCAAACACGAUCAAAGACUUCGAAUAUACCUCACUAUGACUACCG